AUAGACUCUCUAGGCGCGGUCGAGCUGCGACAAGCACUCGCAGCACGAUUUGACAUGGUUUUGCCACCAACACUUAUAUUCGAUUACCCUUCAAUCGGAGCACUGGCAAAAUUCCUAUAUGAGAGCAAAGUGCCAGCCGAAAGUCAUGGGGUUCAAAAAAUAUUUCCACAACGAUUGGAAGGACAUUCAACGGAUAUUCCCAUGUCUGAAUCUCACGCCGUUGAGAUCUCAUGCAUUGCGUGCGAAUAUCCUCGUGGGAUUACGAACUUAUCUGACCUGGUCAAAGCAUUUUUGCGCGGUGUUGAAUUCCAAGAAAUUAUGUCCAAUGAGCGUUUCGAUCCAGAAACUCUCGGUGGAGGCGUACGCACAGCCACAAUACUAGAUGACAUUGAUGCAUUCGACGCGGAGAUGUUUAGAAUAGUCGAUGCCGAAGCUGUAGCGAUGGAUCCUCAGCAACGGAAGCUUUUAGAUAUUUCCCUGAGAAUUCUUACUUCUUCA